UAAUUUUCCAGCAACUGACAUGCAUCUAAAUCCAAUCUUUGAUGCCGGAAAAGCUUGCACUCAAGUCAGUGCCAAGUUGUACCUAUCAGCAUCUAACACAGCCGCAUGCGAGUCGCGCAUAACAAGGUUUUUCUCAAAUACAUCUUAAUCAUUUCAAAAGCCGCAGAGCUCACAGUCUAGUCUCCAACUGCAGUGGUCAUGUUCAACUUGAACGUUUUCGACACGUGCACAUAAAGUCGUGACAGUGACUAGGGACUCAAGUCACUGUCACUUUUGCUCUCACCCCAUGAGCAUCGUCAUCGUUCAAGAUUUCCACUCCAUACCACGGAAGCACCGAGGUUGUCGAUCCAGUCACACGCCCACCGUUUUACGUAAAUUAGUUCCGCUCCAGUGGACGUGCAUCGAGCGUCACGUGGCCCCACGCUCAUCCGCCCUCAAAACCAUGAGAUUGUGCGGAGCUUGACACUUCUUCGCUCCUCAACAACUUCAUCUGAGACACACAUCCAACUCAAUACUAUAACAUCAACAACACCGCCAAUGUCCACCACCGCAUACAUGCCCUUCCUCGUAUCGACCCCGCAGCAAGAAUGGAUGUCGGAGGAAAUGCGCAGGGGGGAGUUCUUUCCCCCGCCGCCUACUGGGAGCGGACAGAAGAACGGCUCACGGGGCGGGAGUCGACAAAGCAGCACACCGAGUACACCGAAUCCGGAGGCAGUCCCGCGCGAGCAGAGACAGGAUCCGGUCACUCAAGCGUCAGUCACGCAUCCCCAAGUUGGUGCACUACUGAAUCCCCUCUCGCACUCCCCGCUUACGCAGAUGAGCCUGCCAUCGAAUUCGACUUUGUCCUCCAGCCUGUCGCAGCUAUCUCCCGCCAAGGAACAGGGCUCGGAGACAAUGAUACCGCCGUCCGAAACUAGCGAUUCUCCCCGCGCCACCCGAUCGGCAUCUUCGAUAGUCGAGUCACACACGCCCAUCUCGCACGCGUACCCGGCUUCCUGGGGUGCGCAGUCGAAGGCUCAAGCAGUGAAAGCGGACGUUCCGGUACAAAGCCCUCUUUCGGACGAAUCCCGAGAGAUCGACAAGACACAGACAAGGUCAAACGUGCCACAGGACUCCAAUGCUUCCGCAACGACGUUACAUGGGUCGGUCGCGUCGGAUUCGUCAGCAGUGGCACCUUCAGCAGCUGUCGCAGGCUCCCAUGUUUCUGAUGCAGAGCUCAUCGGAACAGCAGAUGCGCCCGGUCUAUUGGACCGCACACCUGUCAUGUCGCCGUCCGACACGCCCGACUACAUUUCCCGUGGCGUGGUAUCCUCACUGUCGAUGGACAUCCCGCCUCGCUCCGCUUCAGACCACUGGCGCCCAGAGACAUCGCAAACGCCGAUCUCCGUCGUGCAGCGCGCAUCGCCCAAGCUGUUGUCAACGCCCAACGAGUCGGUCGACCUGCUCCAAAGCCCGGACGCCUCAGCCCAGCCUCAGGUGUUGUCCUCGCCCCAGUCCAUCGACAGCGACCAGCAGAUGACAAGCGCGGAGUGGGCCACGGCGGCGAAUGUCGAUCCUUUUCACGUCAAGUCGCCCACGCCGCAAGAGCUUUCCGAGACACAGCUAUCUCUCAUGAUGCCGGCGCCGCAUCAGAGCUUGAGGACUAGCAGUACGCUUAUGACGCAUUCGGGGCACUCGAACACGGGAUUGGUGCAUUCGCCUGGCGAUGCUCAGGUUGCUGCCGAUCCUGCGACCCCGAGCGAGGCACCGAUGGCUUCAGAGGAGACGCAGGCUCACAUCGCAUCGCAUGGUCACCCGGACAUGGGACUUGUGCAGGGUGCUGAAGACGCGCAGGUCGUUGAUCCUCUCGAUUCGAGCAUCGCGUCGACAAAUGAGGGCAAGAACCGGCCCGAACAAGACGUGGCGCUUGUGCGGUCGCCCGGGGAUCUCUCUGACCCUCUCAAGGCAUCGAUUGCACGGGGGGGAGACGGCUCGAUGACAGAUGACCACGUGCUCGAGCUGAAUGGGUCUGGUCACGGCACCACAAAUCUGCCCGAGGAUCUGUCCGCUGGGGGACUGGGUGAUGAGGCACCCGCGGAGGGUGCCGUGCAACCUGAGGUUGCGUCGUCGGACCGUGUUUUUGACCGUGAUGCGGCAAACGCACAAACGGAAAAGACGAGAAGAAAGUAUCAGCGAUUCGGGAACGUCGGUACCACUGCUGAAGAAGGUCCGUGUCACAAUCCUCAGGGUCUUGCCUUGUGGCUCACAAGCUAUGCAGAAACUUCGGAUCGAACUCAUCCCCUGAAUGAAGCGGGUAUGGGGCUAGUGCAAUCGCCCGGUGACGCUCAAGUCACGCAUCCUCUGGGGCCCCCAAACGAUCCCGAGGAUGAGAAGCAAGAGCAUCGACGCUUUGAUUCGGGAACGGGACUAGUGCAGUCGCCAGGAGACGCUCAAGUCCCCGACCCUCUCGAGUCCACCAGCCACACUCUUCCGAAGCCACUUGUGCGGGAUGUGGCGGACACCGGACUGGUACAGGCUUCGCAAGGUGCUCCAGGAAUGUCAUCCGGAGCCAGUCAGACGCGGAGCGACCAGGCGCUGGAACUUGGCCGCCACGAUCAUGGCAUGACGAUCUUGGGUCAACGUCUAUCAUCUCAAGACCCUCGUGAUGAGACACAGAGGCAGGAUGAUGUGCAGCCAGGCUCUACGGUGUCACCUACGACUCCACCUGUUCGUCCGGCCCCGGAUGCCGUCGACUCUACCAACAGCAAGUAUCAGCGUGCCUCGGAAGCGAAUGUCAGUGCAGACAGGGUGGAUGGCUGGGCGGAGCAAGGUGCGCUGCUCUUUUCUGGUUAUGAUGGUAUCGCUGACCAGUCUUCAGAUACAUCCUCGAUGUUGCCCAACACCCCACCGAUCAACUCACUACCGUCUGGCAUUGCUGAGCAUCUACAAGACCGCGAGGGAACGACUCCAGCUGUGUCGUCGGGAGUCCCGGACACCGCGCCGUCCGACUCUCUGCUGCCGGCUGUGGCUGGGCGCCUCCACCAACUGGGCGAGGAGACGAAUGACGAGAAGAAGCCCACCUCGGCGGACGACCCACCCCCGCCGGCGAAACAUGUGACGACGAUAGGUCCAGAUCAUCCCGUCUCUCAUGGAGAUCACAGCGCCACGGCCGAGCAUGCUCAGGGCCCUGUAGCCGAGGCCGCUGCGACCCAGGACCAGCCUCGCCAGCCCCGCUCUCGGCCGCGGUCGCCCCCGCCCCCGCCGAAGUCGCUCAAGGAUCGGAUCGUCCAGAAAAUCAAGGAUACGGUGCACCACUAGGCGGUGCAUAGAGCCUAUGCUCGUCGCGUAUCCAAAUGUACUUGUAAAUGUAUAUCAACCAAUGCUUGUCGAAUCGAUGACCCUCUACGCUCAUGGCAGCUUGAUCACGCCGGCGAAACAUAUGCUCCGUGGCCCAGCUGGUUAAGGCGUCUGACUGUUAAGUACAUGUGCAUUUAAAUCAGAAGAUCGAGAGUUCAAGUCUCUCCGGAGCAG